AUGGGACAAAUCUUCGACAAAUUUCAAGGUGAGGCCUGGAGAAAAAAGCAAAUUAGGAAGAUUACUGAUCGAGUUUUUCAGAAAGUAAGGAAUAAAACGCCAACGGAAACUUUGAGUUUUGAAGAUCUGUAUAUUGCUGUUUUACUUGUUUACAAUGAUAUCAACAAGUUUAUUCCUGGUCCCCAUUUCGAUCCUCCAUCAAAAGAAACCGUCAGACAAAUCAUGCAGGAAUGUGAUAUAAACUUGGAUGGGAUGAUCGAUCACGACGAAUUUUGCGAUUUCAUCCAGAAAAUGACAGCUGAUACAUUCACAGUUGUUAGUCAAAAACUUAUUUUGACAUUGGUUGUAGCACCUUCUGUUGCAAUGGCAACAAAAAGAGCCACUGAAGGUGUCCCUGGUGUUGGAAAAGUGGUGCAAAGGUUACCAAAUGCACUUUAUGCAUCCCUUGUUACCCUUGCAGUUGUGUGGUUCCAAAAGAUGGGAGAUCAGUCUGGAAUCUGA